AUGGCGACCUUUACGGAAAAUGCGUACAGUAUGGUCCAUUUGGACAACUCUGCGGACCAGCCAACAUUGCAAGAGCUCAAGACGCAUCUCGAAAAAGGCACGGACGAAUCAAAAGUAGACACUAUGAAGCGCAUAUUGACCACCAUGUUGAAUGGGGACCCCAUGCCUUCGCUCCUGAUGCACAUCAUUCGAUUUGUUAUGCCUUCAAAAAGCAAGCAGCUCAAGAAGCUCCUUAACGGUAUAAGAAAUGACCUGCAACAUCCCAAUGAGUACAUUCGGGGCAACACUCUCCGAUUCUUGUGUAAGCUUAGGGAACCGGAGCUCAUUGAGCCCUUGCUGUCUUCCGCCAGGUCCUGUCUUGAGCAUAGACAUGCCUAUGUUCGUAAAAACGCGGUGUUUGGGAUAUCAUCCAUAUACUCGCACUUCGAAUCUCUCAUACCAGAUGCUCCGGAACUCAUCCAGACUUUUCUUGAAAAUGAAAGCGACCAGACUUGCAAGCGGAAUGCAUUUGUAGCUUUGAGCACAAUGAAUCACGAGAAAGCCUUAGAGUACCUUAGCAGCGCCUUCGAUGCAAUACCAAACGCCGACGAGCUAUUACAGCUCGUAGAGCUCGAAUUCAUACGUAAAGAUGCGGUAGAGAAUGCUCAGAAUAAGGCUCGAUACCUUCGUCUUAUUUUCGACCUACUAGAAGCGAACGCAACUACUGUAGUUUAUGAGGCAGCAUCUUCACUCACAGCUCUUACGAAUAAUCCCGUCGCAAUCAAAGCUGCAGCUACAAAAUUCAUCGAACUCAGCAUCAAGGAAGCCGACAACAAUGUAAGGCUGAUCGUCCUAGAUCGAGUUGAUCAGCUUAGGAAGCGAAAUGAAGGAGUACUAGACGACCUUACCAUGGAGAUCUUGAGGGUUUUAUCAAGUCCUGAUAUUGAUGUUCGGAAAAAGGCGCUCGAUCUUGCACUCGACAUGGUAUCAAGCAAAAACGUAGACGAGGUCGUGAUGCUGCUCAAAAAGGAACUCCAAAAGACUGUCGAUGAGCAGUACGAAAAGAAUACCGAAUAUCGACAACUACUGAUCCAUUCCAUUCACCAAUGCGCUAUUAAGUUCUCGGAGAUCGCGGCCUCGGUCGUAGAUUUAUUGAUGGAUUUCAUUGCGGAUUUCAAUGCUUCUUCCGCGGUCGAUGUCAUCUCAUUUGUCAAGGAAGUCGUAGAAAAGUUUCCCAAAUUGCGCCCUUCAAUUGUUGCAAGACUUGUCAGCACAUUAAACGAGGUUCGUGCCGGAAAGGUGUAUCGAGGAGCGCUUUGGAUUGUCGGUGAAUAUUCUCUCGAAGCUAGCGACAUUCGGGAUGCUUGGAAGAAGAUUCGGGCAAGUUUGGGAGAGAUUCCAAUCUUGUCUUCUGAGCAGAGGUUACUUGAGGAAGUACCAGACGAGCAGGAGACCAAGGAGCAUAUAAAUGGAACGGCGAAGCCUUCAGUGCCAACGGGGUCGAGGAAAGUCCUCGCAGAUGGUACCUAUGCCACCGAGAAUGCUUUGACCAGCCAGUCAUCCGCAAAGGCUAAAUUGGAAGCUGUGAAGGCCGCUCAGAAGCCCCCAUUAAGACAACUCAUCCUGGACGGAGACUUUUAUCUAGCAUCGGUGCUAUCGUCAACGUUGACGAAAUUAGUCAUGCGGCAUUCUGAGAUUUCGCAGGACGAGGCUAGGACUAAUGCCUUGAGAGCCGAAGCGAUGCUUAUCAUGAUCUCUAUAAUACGGGUUGGUCAGUCCCAGUUCGUCAAGGCUCCAAUAGACGAAGACUCUGUCGAUCGGAUCAUGUCUUGUAUACGGUCAUUAGCCGAAUUCUCCCAGAAGAAGGAACUGGAGACCGUAUUUCUCGAUGACACUCGAAAAGCAUUUCGAGCAAUGGUUCAGGUCGAGGAAAAGAAGCGUGCUGCUAAGGAAGCAGUGGAGAAGGCUAAGACCGCAGUCCAAAUUGACGACAUUGUGAGUAUCCGGCAGCUGUCUAAGAAAAUAACCGGUGAUGGCUCCGAAGAAUUCGAUGUCGAUAUUGAAAAGGCGACAGGGGGGGAUUCUGCGACAGAGGAGCUAUCUUCGAAACUCAGCCGAGUGGUCCAGCUGACUGGCUUCUCCGAUCCGGUAUAUGCAGAGGCUUAUGUCAAUGUGCACCAAUUCGAUAUAGUACUAGACGUUCUACUGGUCAAUCAGACUGGGGACACGUUACAAAACCUCUCGGUCGAGUUUGCGACCCUGGGUGACUUGAAGGUUGUUGAGCGCCCGACGACACAAAAUUUAGGGCCUCAUGACUUCCUGAAUGUCCAGAGCACGAUCAAAGUGUCUUCUACGGACACAGGUGUCAUAUUCGGCAACGUAGUUUACGAUGGAUCAAGCUCAACAGAGAGCAAUGUGGUAAUUCUCAAUGAUGUACAUGUCGACAUUAUGGAUUAUAUACAGCCUGCCCAGUGCACCGAAACACAAUUUCGAACCAUGUGGACUGAAUUUGAGUGGGAGAACAAGGUCAAUAUCAAUUCGAAGGCGAAGACUUUAAGAGACUUCCUUGAGCAGCUGAUGGCUUGCACGAAUAUGACAUGUCUGACACCAGAAGCAUCGAUGAAGGGAGAUUGCCAAUUUCUGAGCGCAAACCUCUACGCUCGGAGUGUCUUUGGAGAGGAUGCUCUUGCCAAUCUAAGUAUUGAGAAAGAAGGGGACGAUGGGCCAAUCACAGGCUUUGUCAGAAUUCGAAGUAGAUCCCAGGGCCUUGCCUUAAGCCUUGGAUCAUUGAAGGGGCUUAACAAGGUAGGUGCCUCAGCAGCUUAA